UUUCGUGAAGAGACACAACCUAACAUUGAAGCAAGGAAAGAUUAAUACAUAUAAGUUAUGUAUGCAGUCAGACCGACAUUCGAGUUAUUUACUACAAGUAUAGACUCGUCAACGAGGCUACGAAUACCUACAUACAUAUCCCAACAAAUAAGGAGGAUACAUAUGUAGGUAUGUCGGACGGAAUCAAGAGUUCACCAUAAUGAGGCAAACAAACAAAUGAUGGCUAAAACUUCUUCCCGUUAUGGAGCCUUGGUACGUGUAUUCCGGACCGGACUUUGUCUUGGUUGGAUCGGAUGUUGCAUUGAAACGGGAGGGAGAGUUGGAGUAGGUGGGAAAAUUAAGGACUCGGAGCGAGUACAGUACAUUAAGUACCUAGGUAUGUACGUAUACUUUAGAUGUGCAGAUCGUGCUUCUAUUUCUGGAUCCCACCAUUUUUUUAAACUCUCUCCUAUUGCCUUGAACUUUGCUGUUACUACGUAUGUCGGGCGCCGAGCUACGGUAGUGGAAGUGUGACCGCAUAUGAUGGAAUCAUCCUAUUGGUUAAAAAGUCUCUUCCACCGCAAUUGUUGGAGUCAUUCUCUCGUUUGUUUCACAUUUCCUGCACAUGUUGUGAAACCUUAGGAAAGCCAAUUAUAAUGGUUAUAUAUCAUUUGGCAAAUUUCAAACAGCAAGAUGAAUUCAGGCUAUCUCACAUUGACAUGCAAACGCAUUUUGUUGGAAAAAUGAUGAUUUUCAUUCGGUUGUAUCAGGUAGAGCGAAGAAACAUUUGAAGGUUGCAUUCUUUUACGACAUAUGUAUCCAUGUAUUGUUUAUGUAAUUACAUAUGUAGAUCCUAUCAAGAUCCGCCAGAUCCAAUAACAUUUGAUUAUAUAAUAUCAUCCCGGAAUAAUUAUAUACCGGUAA